UUUUUUUUUUUUUUUUUUUUUUUUUUUUUUUUUUUUUUUGGCUCUGCGGGGGAAUUUCACUUAUUGGACGACGGGUUGCGGUGGUCGCCUACCUACCUUUCUGGUCAUGUCAUGGCGUUUGAUGGCACGUAACUUGCCGUGGGUUGAAGCACUUAACUAAGACUGAGUGACCCUUACAUACAUGUAGGGGACAUGGGGGGUGUCAGUGGCGAGCAAGCAACAUUGCAAAAGAUCACUCGUUUGAUAUUCGAUAUUCUCCGUAUUGUAGGGUGUAGCUAUGGGGUAUACCUACGUCGUCAUCGGUGGCGUGUUGCUGGCAAAUGCAAGCGCAAGAAAGGUAGAAAGCCGCUUACUUAGGUGCAUUUGUGCAGGCGGCGCGACACCAAAGGACCCAUACCGUAACCAUUCCAUCAAGUGUCAUUUCUCCGGUUUCCUGGAGGCAAUCGAGGGGAAUAUGUUUCAUUUAUCUACUGGAUGGAGCAUUUGUCGUUGCACCGAUUGGCCUUACGUAAGAUGCGAUAUCUAUUAGUUAGGAUGCGUAGGCGUUCUCACGACUGUUGUGCACAACAUGAUCGAGUCAAGCUCUAGCGAUUUAAAGCUAUGGGCUUGCUUGCAAAUAGUCAUGUACAUGCUAGUCCC